UCGCUGGAUCCACACCAUGGUUACAAGCGGUAGUUACCGCACCGUAAAUCCCAUAAUUGAUAUAGAUAUGCUUUUACGGAAUGUCUAGAUAAUAUAAUUAUUUUUUAAUAGCAUUAGCAAUUUAAUGCGAGGGUAAAAUUAUGAAUCAUAAAGUGUUCGGUUUCCGUUUUCCGCGGGGGACAGUGAAGCCGGAUAUUGUGUGUGACGGUGGGAAUGAUGUCGGUCGGAGCCACACCAUGGAAGGGGAUAAUGUCCGCCUGUAGUGCUUUUGGCGUUUAGUUAGAGAUAUUCGAAGGUAUUGAUGUGGAAAUUUUGUGUGCGAUUGGGCUGGAUCUGAACGCGAUGAAACGUUGGUAAUCGAGUAGCGCGGGCGGCAAUUAUUGACAGCAGUGACAGUUGAGAAAUAAACAACUUCAAUAGAGGAAUGAGUCCGGGGAAAUUGCUAUCCGUCAGUAUUCUCCACAGUCGACCGGACUGCACUGUGUGCUUCAACGAUUAUAAAGCCACAUCAUACACGUACACUUCCUUUGGCGGUUCCAUGCUUUUCUUGUGCAGGUCGAUAAUUUAAGCAAUAAUAAUUCGCCGUAUGUAGUGCAUCUGCCAGUCGCGUUAUCUUAGAGGGUUUCUCGUGCUUCUGUGUCUAUUACUAUAAGCUUUGAUUUCAUCCUCACUCCUCGUAGGCUAACGGCCGUAUGUGAUUCAAUAACAAUAUUCGCAGAGUAGUCUCCGGCCCGUCAGGAUCCCGCGAACGUUUCCGCCAAUUGACUCUUUAACGUGACACGGUUGUGUCCGACGCGCAGUGUUUGUACAAUUUUUAUCAGUGAACGAAACGAUGGCAUCGAAGAAGCAUCACCUGAACCUGACUAAGCCCUUAUCGCGCCCGUCUUCGCCGUCCACACUUCUGGCGGCUGCGGCUGGGGCGCUUGGCCAGUCCACAUCACACGCAAGUCGUGCUUCGGUGUCUCCGUCCAAGCAUUCUGGCUCUUCGAACGUCACCGACAACGAGGACGAGGAGUUUCAAGAUGCAUGUGAUAUGGAGUUGAGUACAUCAUCAAUGGAUCUCGACACGGCACUAUCAGAAGCCAAAUUAGCUAUUAACUACUUUUUCAACAACAAAUUUGAGGAUGCACGUAACCUAAUGAAACCGUGGGCUCACUCUAGCAUGUAUCAUUCCGUUGGCAAUUGCGUAUUUUCGUUUUUGGAGGCAAUUUUAACAUUCGAACAGCAGCAUAUUUUGGAGGCUUCGGAAGCUUUGAAAUUAUGUUUAAAUGUAUGUAAUCGGCAUCGCCGUAAAAAUACAAUAACUGAAACAAUUGGUAAAACUUUCAAACGGCCAAACUACGAGCAAUAUACAGAGGUAGAAGCCCAUGCAGAACUAUGUUCGGCUGAAGCGUUACUACUUAAGGCAAUGUUAACAUUUAUCGAGGACGAAACCUUAACCAGCCUAAUCAAAGGUGGAAUGAAAAUACGACAGUGCUUUAAUAGUUAUAAGGAGUGCGCCGUAAUUUUGUCGCAACGUACCUGGAAAUCGGAAAGUUCAAAGUCCCAUUUUGACAGUGGUGUUCGGAUGGGAAUGGGCACAUUUAAUUUGAUGAUAUCUCUACUACCAGCGCGUGUGAUCAAAUUGCUAGAAUUCAUUGGAUUCUCGGGAAAUAAGCAAAUUGGAAUGCAAGAUCUGAUAACGGGCUCUCGUAUGACUGGAAUACGACAAGUUUUAUGUGUGAUGACGCUACUAGGCUACCAUUUAAUUGUAUGCUAUGUGUUAAGCCAUCAGGAGGGCGACUUAGAAUUUUGCGAUGAAAUUUUAAACAGGCAACUGCAAUUGUAUCCGGAAGGUGUAUGGUUUCUAUUUUUUAAAGCUAGACUAGAAUUUAUGAAAGGAAAUCUUGACGAAGCACAAAUCUGGUAUAAGAAAUCAUGGAAAUCUCAAAACGUCUGGCCUCAAUUUCAUCAUUUGUGUUUUUGGGAGUUAUUAUGGGUUAAUUGCUUGCAGUUAAAUUGGCGUGAAUCCAGUUCCUAUGCGUCAUAUCUACUGGAUGGAAGUAAGUGGUCCAGAACAAUCUAUUCGUAUCAAAAAGCUGCAGUACUGCUGAUGUUGGGUAGCGAUCAAAUUACAGAAACCGAUCGUCAAACAAUUGAUACUCUGAUGCGCCAGGCCCCAACAUUUAAACAACGAAUAGCCGGAAAAUCGUUACCAAUGGAGAAAUUCAUUUGUAAAAAGACGGAACGUUAUUUCGCUCAAAAUCGAUGCCUUAUAUUACCUGCAAUCGAGUUGAUGUAUGUGUGGAAUACAUUCAAAGUAAUAGGGAAACAUUUCAGUAUAGCUGACGGCAUCUUGAAAUUAAUUGAUAAUAAGUUAACGGAAUUGGACAAACAGAGUCCGAGGAAAAAUGAUAAUACAAAGACAUCAAUAUCAGGUUCAAUCACACCUGAUCGGAAAUUCGAUGCUGAUAAUCGCGCUCUGGUGUUACUGUUGAAAGGUGCUUGCCUGAGGCAAAUGAAGAGUCCUCUGCAGGCGUUAAAGUGUUUGGAGGCUGUCAUUGCACUUCAUAAAAAUAUUCAGGAUGAUAACUAUUUAGUUCCAUAUGCUAUUGUCGAAAUAGGGCUAUUGUAUGCCGAUCAGGGAAAAAAGGAAAACGCCAUAGCCGCAUUGGAGGACGCAAAGAAAAACUUCAGUGGCUAUUCAUUAGAGUCUCGUCUUCAUUUUCGAAUUCAUACGGCCUUAACUGAGCUUAAAGGAAGGACAAAUGAAUACAUAAACCCUCUAACGGACGGAUAAACGGAAAAACUGUACCAAAAAGAUAAUCUUAACCAAAACAAGAUCAUAGGAUAGCUAUUGAACAAAUGAACAAUAACAAAAAUAAUGCAUUGGUGUAUUCAUGCAUAUAGACAAGAAGUUUUAAGUGAAAUGUAGACCACGAUUAAUUACACCUAAUUUUUGGCUGUUGGUUUGAAAAAUGAACCCUUCUAUAUAUAUACAAUAUUCUUUUCUACACUAAGCACUUAUGAUAAUGAGGGAUUAUGCGGAGGCUAUGCAUUGGAAAUAUAUAUAUUAUGUUUGAUUAAUUUUUUUUCAAUUUUUGUUGGUUUUAUUUUGCUCCGUGUUUGCAUUGUCAGUGUACAAUAUGAUGUGAUAUGUUAAAAAAUGUAUAUAAAGCAACCAAAAAUUUGGGGGAAUGUGCCCUGAAAAGAUUAUUUGAGAAUAUAAAAUAAAGAGAAAAAAUUAACAUGAUAAAAA